AGUUAAUUUUGUACAACUAGAAAGUUCUCUUUUCACGUCACUUUUUCCACCCCAUCUUGCGGUUCAUACAUCAAUAAUCAAUCACCUACAAAGACCAAUAAAGUAUCAUCCAUCCUUAUUGGCUAUUCCUUCCCUUUUCUACUUCAACACUUAUAAAUUAAUCAUUUCUGAGUUUUAUAGCUUACUAAACUAAUUUUGUAAUAAGCUCUUGGAUCUCUCAUUGUACAGAUCUUAUUGAGUGUUUAACAACAAAUCUAAAUUUUGGGUCAUAAAAAUGGUGCUCAUUUCUUGUGGACCUUUAUUAGUGGUGCUCUUGGUUGUGGCUGCCUCCCCUGUUUUUGGUAAUGAUCCUGAUAUGCUCCAAGAUGUUUGUGUUGCUGAUAUCACUUUUGGAGUGAAGUUAAAUGGAUUUGCAUGCAAGAACGCAGCAAACAUAACAGCAGAUGACUUCUUCUUUAGUGGAAUAUCCAAACCGGGAUUGACCAACAAUACAAUGGGAUCUUUAGUAACCGGAGCCAAUGUUGAAAAAAUACCGGGCUUAAACACACUGGGAGUAUCCAUGGGUCGUAUCGAUUUUGGGCCGGGCGGGCUUAACCCACCUCACACCCACCCACGUGCCACAGAAAUGAUCUUUGUACUCUACGGUGAAUUGGAUGUAGGAUUUAUUACUACUUCAAAUAAGCUGAUUUCUAAGCAUAUUAAAACCGGUGAAACCUUUGUGUUUCCAAGAGGGUUGGUUCAUUUUCAGAAAAAUAACGGGAAAAAACCUGCUGCCGUUGUAACUGCUUUCAACAGUCAGUUGCCUGGUACCCAAUCAAUUGCUGCCACAUUGUUUACAUCGACGCCACCUGUCCCUAAUAAUGUUUUGACUAUGGCGUUUCAGGUUGGUACUAAGCAAGUUGAGAAGAUUAGGGCUAAACUUGCCCCUAAGAAAUAAGUGAUUUCAAAUUUGAUUAUAAGUAGACAUUUUUAUUUGGGAGUAAUUUUUUAUCUUAUGGUCAUCAUUUGACAAAUUUAUUAUCAGACUUGUACAACAAGAUCCAUAUAAAAGAGAGUUAAUUACACAAAAAUAUAAUAAAAUUGCAUCCUAAAA